CGGGCGCUGGCGGCGCCGCGGGGCGACGGCUCGCGGGGUCCGGAGAAGUUCUCGGAACAUGGCGGCGCAGUCCGGGGCGCGCAGGAGCGCGGCGCGGCGGCCGCGGGCGCCCCAGGAGCUGUAGCCGCUGCAGCCGCCGCCGCGGGGCGAGGCCGCCGCCAUGGCCCGCUGGAUCCCGACGAAGAGGCAGAAGUACGGGGUCGCGAUCUACAACUACAAUGCCUCUCAAGAUGUGGAGCUGUCAUUGCAGAUUGGAGACACAGUUCAUAUCCUGGAGAUGUAUGAGGGUUGGUACCGAGGAUAUACCCUCCAAAAUAAAUCUAAAAAGGGCAUUUUUCCUGAAACAUAUAUCCAUUUGAAAGAGGCAACUGUGGAAGAUCGAGGGCAGAACGAGACAGUGAUUCCUGGGGAGCUGCCGCUGGUGCAGGAGCUCACGUCCACGCUGCGAGAAUGGGCUGUCAUCUGGCGCAAGCUCUACGUGAACAACAAGGUCACACUCUUCCGCCAGCUGCAGCAGAUGACGUACAGCCUGAUCGAGUGGCGCUCCCAGAUCCUGUCUGGAACACUCCCCAAGGACGAGCUGGCAGAGCUCAAGAAGAAGGUCACAGCCAAGAUCGAUCAUGGGAACAGAAUGCUUGGAUUAGAUCUGGUCGUGCGAGAUGACAAUGGGAACAUCUUGGACCCAGAUGAAACCAGCACCAUUGCCCUCUUCAGGGCCCAUGAAAUGGCCUCAAAAAGAAUUGAGGAAAAGAUCCAAGAGGAAAAGUCAAUGUUGCAGAGCCUGGAUCUGAGGGGCCAGUCCAUCUUCAGCACCGCCCACACCUAUGGCCUCUACGUGAACUUCAAAAACUUUGUCUGCAACAUCGGUGAAGAUGCUGAGCUGUUCAUGGCCCUCUACGACCCUGACCAGUCCACCUUCAUCAGUGAGAACUACCUAAUUCGCUGGGGCAGUAAUGGAAUGCCCAAGGAGAUAGAGAAGCUCAAUAACCUUCAAGCAGUCUUUACUGACCUCAGCAGCACAGACCUAAUCCGGCCCCGCAUCAGCCUCGUGUGCCAGAUUGUCCGGGUGGGCCACAUGGAGCUGAAGGAGGGCAAAAAACACACUUGUGGACUCCGAAGGCCCUUUGGGGUAGCAGUGAUGGAUAUUACUGAUAUCAUACAUGGGAAGGUGGAUGAUGAAGAAAAACAGCAUUUUAUUCCCUUUCAGCAAAUUGCGAUGGAAACGUAUAUCCGGCAGAGGCAGCUAAUCAUGUCACCGCUGAUAACGUCCCAUGUGACUGGGGAAAAUGAGCCGCUCACUUCAGUCUUGAAUAAAGUGAUAGCAGCAAAGGAAGUGAAUCACAAAGGACAAGGACUUUGGGUGUCUUUGAAGCUAUUGCCCGGGGACCUCACGCAGGUUCAGAAGAAUUUUUCACACUUGGUGGACAGAUCAACUGCAAUAGCCCGGAAAAUGGGCUUUCCGGAAAUAAUUCUUCCAGGAGAUGUCCGGAAUGACAUUUAUGUCACCCUGAUCCAUGGCGAGUUUGACAAAGGGAAAAAGAAGACGCCAAAGAAUGUAGAGGUCACUAUGUCUGUGUAUGAUGAAGAAGGCAAGCUCCAGGAGAAAGCAAUUCACCCUGGUGCUGGAUAUGAAGGCAUUUCAGAGUACAAAUCAGUUGUGUAUUACCAAGUCAAGCAACCAUGUUGGUACGAGACAGUCAAGGUAUCUAUUGCUAUAGAAGAAGUUACUCGCUGCCAUAUAAGAUUUACCUUCAGACACAGGUCGUCUCAGGAAUCCAGAGAUAAAUCGGAGCGAGCAUUUGGGGUGGCCUUCGUGAAACUGAUGAACCUGGAUGGCACCACUCUACAGGAUGGGAGGCAUAACCUGGUGGUAUAUAAGGGUGACAACAAGAAAAUGGAAGAUGCUAAGUUCUACCUGACCCUUCCUGGAAUCAAGGUAGAGACGGAUGAUAAAGAGGCUCCCAAAACCCCGACCAACUCUGCUGCUGCAACCAAGGAUAGCACAAAGGACAGCUUUCAGAUUGCCACCCUCAUUUGCUCUACAAAGCUCACCCAGAAUGUUGACCUGUUGGGCUUGUUAAAUUGGCGUUCCAACUCUCAGAACAUUAAGCAUAACUUAAAGAAGUUAAUGGAGGUGGAUGGAGGAGAGAUUGUUAAGUUUUUGCAGGAUACACUAGAUGCACUUUUUAACAUAAUGAUGGAAAUGUCCGACAAUGAAACUUAUGACUUCCUUGUGUUUGAUGCACUGGUAUUUAUUAUUUCACUGAUAGGAGAUAUCAAGUUCCAGCAUUUUAAUCCUGUCCUUGAAACCUACAUUUACAAGCACUUCAGUGCCACUUUGGCAUAUGUGAAACUCUCCAAGGUACUGAACUUCUAUGUGGCUAAUGCAGAUGACUCCAGUAAGACGGAAUUGCUUUUUGCUGCUUUGAAAGCCUUAAAGUACUUGUUUAGGUUCAUCAUCCAGUCUAGAGUACUCUACCUGAGAUUUUAUGGGCAAAGCGAAAAUGGAGAUGAGUUUAACAAUUCAAUCCGUCAGUUAUUCCUCGCUUUCAAUACGCUAAUGGACAGGCCUCUGGAGGAAGCUGUCAAGAUAAAGGGGGCAGCUUUGAAGUACCUUCCUAGCAUAAUUAAUGACGUCAAACUUGUGUUUGAUCCUAUGGAGCUCAGUGAGCUGUUCUGCAAGUUCAUUCAGAGCAUUCCUGACAACCAAUUAGUUCGCCAGAAACUCAACUGCAUGACCAAGAUAGUAGAGAGCAACCUUUUUCGGCAGGCAGAGUGCAGGGAUACUCUGCUGCCACUGCUGAUAGACCAGCUCAGCGGCCAGCUCGAUGACCGCUCCAGCAAGCCUGACCACGAGGCCAGCUCGCAGCUCCUGAGCAACAUCCUGGAAGUGCUGGACAGGAAGGACGUGGGCCCCACAGCGAACCACGUCCAGCAGGUGAUGGAACGGCUUCUGAGAAGGAUCAACCGGACCGUGAUUGGAAUGAGCCGGGAGUCUCCCCACAUUGGGAGUUUCGUGGCAUGCAUGAUCGCUGUCCUGCGGCAGAUGGACGACAGCCACUACAGCCACUACAUCAACACGUUCAAAACGAGGCAAGACAUAAUGGACUUCCUCAUGGAAACUUUUAUCAUGUUUAAGGAUCUGAUUGGAAAGCAUGUCUAUGCCAAGGACUGGAUGGUGAUGAAUAUGACCCAGAACAGGGUUUUCCUCCGUGCUAUAAACCAGUUUGCUGAGGUGCUCACAAGACGCUUUAUGGAUCAGAAAAGCUUUGAACUUCAGCUCUGGAACAAUUACUUCCAUUUGGCAGUAGCAUUUCUCACCCAUGAGUCCCUUCAGCUUGAAACCUUCUCACAAGCCAAGCGCAACAAAAUUGUUAAAAAAUAUGGAGACAUGAGAAAGGAAAUCGGCUUUAGAAUCCGGGACAUGUGGUAUAACCUGGGUCCCCACAAGAUGAAAUUCAUCCCAUCUAUGGUGGGAUACAUUUUGGAGGUCACACUGACCCCUGAAGUAGAGCUCCGGAAAGCCACCAUCCCCAUUUUUUUUGAUAUGAUGCAGUGUGAGUUCAAUUUCAGUGGAAAUGGCAAUUUCCACAUGUUUGAGAAUGAGCUGAUCACAAAGCUGGACCAAGAGGUAGAAGGGGGAAGAGGAGAUGAACAAUACAAGAUCCUUCUGGAAAAACUGCUCCUGGAACACUGCCGGAAACACAAAUACCUCGCCACUUCUGGAGAAAUAUUCGUGCUCCUGGUCAGCAGCCUCCUAGAGAAUCUUCUGGACUACAGAACCAUCAUCAUGCAUGAUGAGAGCAAGGAAAACCGCAUGAGCUGCACCGUGAACGUGCUGAAUUUUUAUAAAGAAAAGAAGAGACAGGACAUAUUCAUAAGGUACUUGUACAAGCUGCGGGAUUUGCACCGAGACUGUGAGAACUACACGGAAGCGGCCUAUACACUUCUCUUGCACGCUGAGCUUCUGCAGUGGUCUGACCAGCCCUGUGACUCCCAGUUGCCUCAGAGGGCCAAUUACAAUGUUUCUACCCAGCAAGAGCUUAAAGAGAAGUUGUAUCAAGAAAUCAUAUCUUAUUUUGACAAAGGCAAAAUGUGGGAGAAGGCGAUCAAACUUAGCAAAGAGUUGGCUGAGACUUACGAGAGCAAAGUGUUUGACUACGAGGGCCUUGGCAAUCUCCUGAAAAAAAGAGCUUUGUUUUACGAGAACAUCAUUAAGGCAAUGAGGCCUCAGCCCGAAUACUUUGCUGUUGGAUACUACGGACAGGGCUUUCCUUCUUUUCUGCGGAAUAAAAUCUUCAUCUAUCGGGGGAAGGAGUAUGAGAGGAGAGAAGACUUCAGCCUGAGGUUGCUCACCCAGUUCCCCAAUGCAGAGAAGAUGACCAGCACCACGCCCCCAGGAGAGGAAAUCAAGACAUCCCCAAAGCAGUAUAUGCAGUGUUUCACAGUGAAGCCAGUCAUGAGCCUGCCACCCAACUACAAAGAUAAACCAGUUCCAGAGCAGAUCUUAAAUUACUACAGAGCCAAUGAAGUACAGCAGUUCAGCUACUCUCGGCCGUUCCGGAAAGGAGAAAAGGACCCGGACAACGAAUUUGCUACCAUGUGGAUCGAAAGGACCACAUAUACAACUGCAUACACCUUUCCUGGGAUCCUCAAGUGGUUUGAAGUCAAACAGAUUUCAACAGAGGAAAUCAGUCCUUUGGAGAACGCCAUAGAGACCAUGGAGCUCACCAAUGAGAGGAUCAGCAACUGCGUGCAGCAGCAUACCUGGGACCGCUCCCUCCCCGUGCAUACCCUCUCCAUGCUGCUCAGCGGCAUUGUCGACCCUGCUGAUGGGGGUUUUUCCAACUAUGAAAAGGCUUUUUUCACAGAAAAGUACUUGCAGGAGCAUCCUGAAGAUCAGGAGAAGAUUGAGCUGCUCAAGCAACUGAUUGCAUUACAGAUGCCUUUGCUAUCAGAGGGAAUCCGCAUCCACGGAGAGAAGCUGACGGAGCAGCUGAAGCCGCUGCAUGACCGGUUAUCUUCCUGCUUCCGGGAACUCAAGGAGAAAGUUGAAAAGCUCUAUGGGGUUAUAACACUGCCCCCCAACUUGACUGAGAGGAAGCAGAGCCGCGCGGGGUCUAUGGUGCUGCCCUACAUCAUGUCGUCUACUCUGCGAAGAUUGUCCAUCACCUCGGUGACUUCCUCUGUGGUUUCCACUUCCUCAAACUCAUCAGAUAAUGCUCCUUCCAGACCUGGGUCUGAUGGGUCAAUUCUGGAGCCACUUCUGGAGCGCAGGGCCUCAUCAGGUGCCAGAGUAGAAGAUCUGCCCCUCAAAGAGGACAAUGAGAACCGGAUCAGCAAGUUGAAGAGAAAAGACUGGGGCCUGAGCAAGUCCCAGGUCAUUGCUGAGAAAGCACCGGAACCUGAUCUGAUGAGCCCGACCAGAAAAACACAAAGGCCAAAGAGUCUCCAGUUGGUGGACAGCCGGCUGACACCAUUUCAUGCUUCUUCACCUUCUCAGUCAAUGCCCCUGAGUCCGCCUCCACUCACUCCUAAAGCUACCAGGACCCUAAGCUCCCCAUCUUUGCAGACAGAUGAGCUGAUGACUGCUACUCUCCCACCUCCCCCUCCCCCCAAAAGCAGCCAGAGGAACUCCGCAGAGAUCGCUCCCCCACUGCCUGUCCGAAGAGACGCCAAAGCCCCACCCCCACCCCCUCCAAAAGCUCGGAAAUCUGGCAUCCUUUCUGCUGAGCCUGGAUCCCAGUGAGGAUCUUGUCUUCCCUCCUGGGCUUAAAACACCUGGGAGAGCUGACGCCGGGGAAUUCGCCUCCAGGGGGCAGUGUCUGCAACUACAGUGCUCCCUGCUCACUUCCUUUUCUGCCUGGGAUGAGGUACACCAGCUCAAAACUGGUUUUGUUCUUUUGAAAUCUUUCUCUUUGAUCUGUGCCUGAUGCCAGACCACGUGUCUGGUCCAUGUGGAAUUUCAGAACUUGCCACAUCCUGCGCAUUUCUCAAAGGAGAGACCUUCCUCGCCAUUAUGAAGUUGCAGUCUCCAUUGUGGAGGCCAUAGGUCCUUUCUGUGCCAGAGAAGUUUGGUGAUGGCGGCGGAGCAACCCAUUGGUGUUUGGAGGAAUUUCUUGUUUCCUUCUGAAAAGCUGUCCCUGAGACAUACUCAAUCCUAUAUAAGUACUGGAAGAGACAGAUAACAAAUACACUUUGGGUCUCAAAUUAGUAGACCCUUCUAAUGUGACUCCUUUGAGGAAAACAACUUUUUAUUGGAGAGUGACUGCUUUCAAAUGUUAUUGAAAAAAUAUGGACUUUGUCCUGAGCCCUGAACUCCUACAUCCCUCCGACCCCACCCCUCCCUGGCGUCCGACCUCGUCACACUCCUGACUCAUGGCCCUCACUGUACCACAGUCGCUCCUACUUAUAGGGACUCCUGAAGCUCUUUCUUUUGCACACACUUUUCUUAUCCUUUUGCCUCCUUUGAGCACAAAUCACUGGAUUUAAGGAACUUAGAAGCCUGGGAUCAACAGUUUCUCUUCCAGAUCCCAUUUGGAUGACUCUGCAGCCCCCAUCUGCAGCCUGAUUUACCCUGGAGAAUACAGUGCAAUAUCCCCCUUUGAUUAUUUAUUCGUCUUGACUGUGGAGUUAAUUUGAUGACAUGUUUAUGGUACUAUUGCCAGUACUUCUUUCAAUAGACAAAAGGGAUGAUGUAAAUGAGCAAGUAUUAUCUACACAGACACAAAGCAGCCACACAAAGUUAAAGGGCAUUUUGAGCUGGAAAGGCUUUAAAGCAGAUACAAGCAACCCCUGUGCCUUGGAGAUAGUAGUAAUUAAGUCUAAACACAGGAAGUCAUACUCUAGAGUCUCACUAAUAACCCAGCUUGCUAAUUUAGACUUUAUCCUGUUACCACUUAGACCCAGAAUGCAAAUUUGACAAACACUUUACUACCUUCCUCUAGGUGGGGCAACAGUGAGAAUGUCCCAGAUAUGUCUAUACUCUUAGGUAUUUAUAGCAAAUAGAAAACUUCUUGAUUGUGCACCCCCCUACCAGGGGUCUCUCACAACGUUGCCCAGAGCCCCCUGUCCUUCUCGGGAGAGAAGGGAUAGUGCUUUCAGCUCCGGGAGUCUGGACCUGCUUUCUGGCCUCUAUGUGUGCCUACUUCACCGCCAUCCCUUUGUGGGGAGAGAUCCUAAUUCAUCACAGGGUUAGGGAAGCAAAACUCUGAGAUGUGUCCAAAAAGACGCCCUAAAUUAGUGUGCGUGUUCCAGAAGUGGUGAGGGAAAGUAGGUCCUUCACCCCUACAGCUCUCCCCUCACACGCCCUCUAGAACCUAUGAUGUGGUAUGAUGGAAAGAACCUGAGCUCUGGAAUUAAACCCAUUUGGUUGCCCAUCAUCCCUGCUAUGUCAUCUAUUAACUUUGCAAACUCCUACAAAGCAUUUGAAAUUCGCUGAGCUUUCAUUCUCUCGCCUUUGAAAAAUGGCGAUAAUAUCUGCCACACAGGUUUUAUGAGGGUCAAGUGAGAUUGCAAAUUACCUUUUUAAAGGUAAUUUAAAAUGUGAGUGCAGGUUCGUUGUGCACAUACAGUCCCUCUCCCAAAGGUGGGAUCUGUUGGAGUUUUUCCAUAGUUAUUUAUGACUAGAGACAAGAAGUUAAUAAGAACUGAAAAGGAUUUUCAGUGGAAAGAGCCCAAAGAAGAAGGAAGGAAGCAACACAGGAGUUAUUCAGGGCUUAUGUGGAGCCUGGAGCAGCUUCUGAGAAGUUGCCUGACUGGAAGGGAUUCCUAUUCCCCACCCUACUUUUCAGGCUGCCAUUAAAAUACAAAGAUAUAAACUGAGUCACACACAUUAAACAAACAAGCAAAUCAAGCCAGUCCCUUGAGGCUGGGAGGGUGAGUCCUGCAGAAGGAUCUGUGAGCGGAGGCUGGGAAAGUCUGAUCCACCAGCACCUACCUAGAUACGUUCCCUUUUUUAAUAUUAUAUAUUUUCCAUCUGAUUCACUUUCCAUAUUAAUGGCAAUCGUAGGUCUCUCCUUCCUGAACACAAAGAAUUCCAGGUAAUGUAAAUAAUAAAUUGCAGGAGGCAUUGGAAGGUUUAGGUCCUUGGGAAGCCUCUGGGUAAAAAGAAAUCAUAUUUGAGAAAAGUUCAUAAAUAAUGUCUGUCCUGAAAUCAAAGAGGAAGACUACAAAGAAAUGUCUUAUGAUUACCUUAAAUAUUGGAGAGAUAAGGGACAGGAAACAAAGUAGUGGCCUUUAUAUUCUUUGAAAAGAACUCUGGGGUAUUAAAAGACAUUGAAGGGAGCCCCCAAACUCUCACAAUGUGGUGGAUACUGGUUUAUGAGAUUUUUAAUUUUUUUUUUUUUUUUUUGCUCUGUACUGGGAACGUGUCUUGAUUUCAGACUUUUUUUUUCAUUUAACAUAUAUUGAGCUCUUACCCAUCGCCGCAACCACCACACUAGACCCUCAGGAUGCAGAGUGCUUUGUGUUGCAGCGCAAAUAGGCCUGUGUACAGACGGCGGUGACGUGCAGCUGGGAAGUGAGUGGUAUGAGGGAAAAUCUCCUCAGGAAGGGCAGCUGUUUGCCGCCCCCUCCACUUACACACCUUAACUCCAAAUUGCAGUCAUUUUCCUGUUAGUAGAGGCUGCUCCCACCCCAGAAAAGAAAUCAGGCUUGGAGAUAACAAUCUGCUGUUGUUAACUUUCCAGGCUCCAAAGUCCUGCCCCUCUAAUUACCCCCAGAUCAUUAGGUGAUUCUUAUUUAAAAAUUGAGAUGUGACAAAUCUUCGAUGUACAGAUGGAUACAUUUUUACAUAGAUACACAACCUCUGUCACCAUCUCUCAGGACAGACAGAGACCACUUCCUGUGUUGUUGAAGUUUCCCUCAUGUCUUUCAAAUUUGUUCCUUCUUUCCUCUUACUUCUCAGGUAUAAGAAAAGGGGAGAAAAACCCCGCUGUUAACACGAGACUGUAAAGAUUCUACCUGGACCUCAAUUUCCUCAUGUUAUAUAUAUGUACACUCACGUGUGUGUAUAUAUUUGAGGCACCAUGAUUUUUAGAAACCUUUCAGUCAUACCUUUCUUUUUUUCUAAGUGAGUAAAAAAGAAAGAAAGCCAGAAGGAAACUUUAAGUUUCUAUGCAAAGACUUUCAAGUCCAUGCAUCAUGACCAAGUAGCAUUUAAAAAUUAUGUGGAAAAGGUAAGUUUCUCUUGGGAUGAGUUAAUAGCAGAACCAUCAACUUUAACUAUCUACAAAAGGAAAAAAGAUGAUAUUCCUGCCAUCGAUGAUGUCAGGCUGAUUCUUAAAAUCCAGCCAAAGCUGGUCUUCAGCCUGUGCUGCCCAAACUCACCCAUCUAUAGUCACUAUUUGUGAGUUGUUUCAACAAUUUGUCAAAAGUUCUGUUGUAAUGAUUUUGUAAAAGUAGUGGGUUUCAAACAUGGACAGUAAAAGAAUAUGUGUCGAAGUAGAAAAUUUUUGUUCAUAUUUGCUAUUAUUUAUUUUUUAAAUUAAA